CGUGCCAGGUUUUGGAGAUGGAGGAAAGCCGGAGUACCCGGAGAAAAACCACCGGCCUACGAAUGGAACCGUCCGAAAAAGACCUUCGACAUCAUGCUGAUAUGGUAUUUGAGCUUGCGGAAUGUUUUUCACCAAAAGACCAGGAAUGGAAGUCCAUUAUCAGCAAAUGCCUUACAAUGAAAUACAUCAGUGUAAGGGAAAAUGGCGACAUUACAAGCAUGGAGGAGCUCUGCGGAUGUUUAAUGAAAAAAGAAAUUAUUGACUACGGCAAUUACAAGCGAUUGAGAGAAAUUAUAGGAAAACAUGCGGAAGCCAAGGGAAUAAUUGACAAGUUCACGAAACUGAUCCGAGGUGAAAAGGACGGUUGUGAAAACUACGAUCCUGGAAGUGACGAAGAUGAACCGUCCAAUACACCCAAACGACCCAAAGCUGAAGAGGAUGAUUCACAUCAGUUCAGAAAAGAGAUGGACAAUACCCAUGAUGCACGGAUCAUUGAUGUAUGGGGACGUGCGAGACAAUCUGUCGGGCUUAUAAAAGGAC